AACUGCCGGCGAGGUUUGGAACGCACACGUACUUGACGCCUUGUGUUCCAUUUCGCUGCGAUAUGCUGGGGAACCACACAAGUGGGCGUGUUGGCUCAAGUGCGUGAUGAUAUCAUCAAUUAGCCCCUUACUCUAUUCUUCUCCCCCCUCAAGGACCGAACCGAACCGGGAUUGAGAUUCUUACGUCAUCAGAUACGUCAUGGGGAGAAAAUCUGUACGGGCAAAAGAGAAGAAGCAGAAGCGCCAGGAGGAGCGUGCCGCAAUGGCAGCAGUAUGCGCCAAGGUACAAGCAGCCAAUCAGCUCGGUGACCCUCUUGGAGCCUUUCCAGUCUUUAAAAAAUUUGACAGAAAUGGGUUGAAUUUGACCAUAGAGUGCUGCAGAGUUACCGAUUUGGACCAGAAGACCAUAGACUGGGCCUUUGAACUCACAAAGACAAAUAUGCAGCCGCUUUAUGAACAAAGUGAAUGGGGAUGGAAAGAGAGAGAAAAACGAGAGGAACUGACAGACGAACGCGCCUGGUAUCUUAUUGCCAGAGAUGAGCUUGGCAUGCCUGUUGCAUUUGUACACUUCAGAUUUGAUGUGGAAUGUGGAGAUGAAGUGCUUUACUGUUAUGAGGUGCAGUUAGAAGUCCGUGUCCAAAGGAAAGGCGUAGGAAAAUUCUUGGUACAGAUCUUGCAGUUGAUGGCAAAUAGCACACAAAUGAAGAAAGUUGUCCUUACAGUUUUUAAACACAAUCAUGGUGCUUACCAGUUUUUCAGAGAUGCUUUACAGUUUGAGAUAGAUGAGACCUCUCCCAGUGUAUCAGGUUGCUGUGGUGAUGACUGCACAUAUGAGAUUUUGAGUCGCAGAACAAAGUUUGGAGAUGCUCCUCAUUCACAUUCAGCACAGUGUGCUGGCUGCUGCCAUUGAAGUGGUGCAUUAUUACCUGAGGACUGUGGAGGAUCUUAAUGGACAAAACUAUUGUGUUUAUCUAAUGGGUUUUUGUUUCAGUUCUGUUCAUAUUUUUUGUAUUUUAUUUUUUAAUUUUUAUUUUUUUAAGUUGAUGAUGUUAUACAUUCAGCACUAUUGUUGACAUGUGUGUAACUCAUGUCUCUACUAGUCCUUUUAACGUUUAAUAAAUUCUUGUUUG